UUCACGUUUGAUUUUCAGUUUUAUCUCCUGACUGUAGGUAUUUCAGAGCCACCCUCUGUCUGUGGCUUGAACUGAUCUAAUGCAACAGUUUUCAUGGGGAUUUAAGACCGCGGGACACAGUCUGAACCGUCAGUAGAAAAUAUGAUGGAGGAUUUCUCUGGCUUGGCUCUGCCUCCUCUAUUUGGAGGACACAUCCUUGAGGCAGAGCUGGAGCCAGGCGGUGUGGAGCUGGGACCUGGAGAGGUGGAGCUCGGCGCGGGAGACAGCGAAAUGAUUGAGAGCCCAGUGCCAGAGGAUGAGGAGACAAGAGCUCUUGAUAAGAGAAAAUAUCUGUCUCUGAGCAGGAGAUGUAAAGAAAUUGAGCAGGUGAAUCAAAAGUUGCUGGGCCGCCUUCACCAAGUACAAAGAAUCACACGUCGGUUGAAGAAAGAACGAAGGUUUCUAAUGACGACUUUAGAUGCUCAUGGGGAUGAUUACAGAAAUGCACAGCUCACGAUAUUGCUUGAGGAUGAGUCUGGUGCACAUUUAGAUCCUGCUGCUGGAGUGGAUGAUGACCGUCUCAAUGGUCUAACUGGUUCCACGGCGUCCGCAGCGUUACAUCACGCUGCUGGACCAAAGAAGAGGAGGCACCGAAUUCCAAGGCAAGAGAAAGACAAAGACCCACAGACUGAACCGGACAUGUCAGUGUUGGCAGACUCCCAAUUUGGAGACAUGCCCAGCCCAACCUCCCUGUCUCACUGAUCCUCCGAUCGCUGCGCUGCCCUGGAUUUGAUGAUGUCCAAGGAGCGACAACCGUCCUUACUUGUUCACCAGAUAAUGUCAGCUCUCACUGUGCAGCCCGGUUUCUCAGUGUUUGUAGUUUUACUUGAAUAUUGUGAACAGACUUAAGUUCAUCUAAGAUAAAACGAAAUGUUAGUUACCUGGUGCAUACAUUACAUAUAUUUGUACAUAUUAUUUUCUGCUUUCAUGUUUGGUACUGAGAUUUGAUGACAUAUAAUUAUGACCAAUGGCAGGCCUUGUUUGGUAAAAAUCUGGCAACACAGACAAUUAAAGCAGGGCAGAAAAAUGAAUGGCUUCAUAAUUUCAUCUAAGUGAAAUUCAUCAUCAGGUUCAAAGAAAACAAAAACUCCAUUUUGUUUUUUUUUAAGCAAUUCUAUGAAAUUUGCGUCUUUAAUAUUAUAGGUUUUAAAGGUCAUGGCUUAUUGGUUCAACUGUUGAAGGUUUUAGAAGUGUGUGUAUUUUAUCGUUGUUACAGAUGUAUACCAAGACAACAUAAAGAUUUCCCUUCUUUUAUUCAUCUUCACGUCUGCAUAAGCAGGUUAAACUUCAACCACUGACUGGCCAUUUGUGUUUUUACGCAUAAGUUCAAUUACAAAGCAACUUUUUUUUAAGUUGCAGGCAGAAAUAAAAAAAAAAGUUUUUCUA